CUGUCCUUACAGUGGUGGUGCUGAACAAGAUGGCUGUGCGUCGGGGAGCGGAGAGCUGAGGUUGAAAUAUAACCCCCUAAAUUGAUCCAUACACGAAAGGGAAAGCGCACGACGAAAGACUCGAAAGAUCAGAUUUUUUUUACUGUCGCAAAACAGUGACGUAUAAUAGUUUCUAGUAGAAACGGAGCUGACUCCAUCCACCUAUUUAUACAGGCUAUAGAGACGGACAUUACUCCGAAUUGAAAUAUCGGUGCCGGUGGAAGACAUCUGGGAGCGAUCAUAGCCAGAGCUAAGAGAUGUCAUUGCUGUGCGUUGGCGUGAAGAAAGCCAAACUCGAUGGACCCCAAGAGAAAUUUAACACCUACGUAACGCUGAAGGUGCAGAAUGUCAAGAGCACCACCAUUGCUGUGCGGGGCGCCCAGCCAUGCUGGGAGCAGGACUUCAUGUUUGAGAUCAACAGGCUGGACCUGGGGCUGACGGUGGAGGUGUGGAACAAAGGGUUAAUCUGGGACACCAUGGUGGGGACCUUGUGGAUCCCCCUGCAAAACAUCCGCCAGUCUAAUGAGGACGGGCCGGGGCAGUGGCUGACCCUGGACUCCCAGGUCAUCAUGGCUGAGAAUGAGAUCACCGGCACCAAAGACCCCACCUUCCACCGCGUGCUGCUGGACACCCGCUUUGAACUGCCAUUAGACAUUCCAGAGGAUGAGGCUCGAUACUGGGCCAAGAAACUGGAGCAACUCAAUGCCAUGAGGGACCAGGACUACACAUACCAGGAGGAGGAGGAGAGACCACUGCAAGCGCCAUCAACACAGUGCUGUAACUGGAGUCUUUGGGGAGACCAGCAAAACGAAGACCCAGACAGUGCGGUGGACGACAGAGACAGCGACUACCGCAGUGAGACCAGUAACAGCAUCCCCCCUCCCUUCUACACCACGUCUCAGCCCAACGCCUCCAUGCACCAGUACCCCAUCCAGAGAGACCAGCGCUACUCCUCGCACACCUCCUACAACGGCUCCAUCCAAGAGCUGGACUACGACAACCAGAGACCCAUGAGACGCUAUGAUAGUUUAGACUCGGCCACCAACGGGCGCAGCGAUCUCGAUUCAGCCUCAGGUUCGAGCCGGCACACCAGCCGCCAGUACUCUCUAGACAGUAGGCACUCGCUCUCCGAUAGUCCUACAGGCAGCAGUCGCUAUGCCUCCUCUGGGGAGCUGAGCCGAGGCAGCUCCCAGCUCAGUGAGGAGUUUGGCCCUGAGAACGAGGGGAGUCUGAGAGGCUCUGUGGAGCUCUACGAUGAGAACGACUCUUACCACUCCUGCCACUCCUCUGUCAGCUACGACAAGGAAUCGGCUGGCUGGGACCCCGAUGAGCCCGAGGUGGUGUACAGUGACGAAGGGGGCUAUGUCAAAGAUGGAGGAGAGGAGGGGGCUAUUUACGAUGAGGAGGGCGAGCUCUACCAGCCCGAGCAGGGAGAGGGGGAGUACAACUAUGAGGGAGAGGAGGAGAUCAUUUACGAAGAUGAAGAUCUCUACCCUCUGGACGGCACGCUCAGCGAGGACCAGGAGCCACCCUACACCCCCACCCCCACCAGCACAGCCCCCACGCUGGCCCCCGAGGCCUCCAUCACCAGGCCCCCUCUGGAGAAACAAGCCUCUCUGAGAGAGCAGCAGCCCGAGCCCCCCACCCUGGCCCCCACCACCCAGGCCCAGACCAUGCCCCCUGUCCAGCCCCCUGUCACCACAGCCUCCACCAAGCCUCCAUUUACUCCCAUGAUCCAUCCAUCCCUCACCCAGCCCCCGGUGCCCACUGCCCAGCCCCCGGUGCCCACCACCCAGCCCCCUGCUCCAGAGACCCAGCCUCCAGUGUCUGAUGCCCUGGAUGAUAUCCUCCUAGACCUUCAAGAGGAAGAGCCUCUGUCUUUAGAGCAGGAGGUCCCUGUGGUGGAGAGUCCCCCAGCAGAAGUCCCAGCAGAGAAGAGUGAGACUCCUCUUGUCAGCUAUCAAAGGCCCAUCAUGGAGCCUGGACCAGACCGGGCCAGGGCCAACUGGCAACGGCUCUGCAGCAAGGUCCGACUACAGCUACAGCAGGCUCGAGGGGAGUCGGUUGGGAUUUGCUCUCUGUUGCUAUCAGCAGGGGUGGGUGGGGCGUUGUAUAGCAUCGACAGCAUGCCGGACCUCCGCAAGAGGAAAGCCAUGCCUCUGGUCAGGGACCUGGUCAGUGCUAUGUCCCUGGCUCAGAACUCCAGGAAGGCAGGGAUUACAUCAGCCAUGGCGUCCAGCACUCUCAAUAACGAGGAACUGAAGAGCCAUGUGUACAAGAAGACUCUACAGGCUCUGAUCUACCCCAUCUCCUGCACCACGCCCCAUAACUUUGAGGUGUGGACGGCCACCACGCCCACCUACUGCUAUGAGUGUGAGGGGCUGCUGUGGGGUAUCGCCCGCCAGGGCAUGAGAUGCACCGAGUGUGGGGUCAAAUGUCACGAUAAGUGCCAGGACCUGCUCAACGCUGACUGCCUGCAAAGGGCAGCGGAGAAGAGUUCUAAGCAUGGGGCGGAGGACCGAACCCAGAACAUCAUCAUGGUACUGAAGGACAGGAUGAAGAUCCGGGAGAGGAACAAGCCGGAGAUCUUUGAGCUGAUCCAGGAGGUGUUUGCCAUGGUCAAAGCCACUCACGUCACCUACAUGAAGCAGAUCAAACAGAGUGUACUGGACGGCACCUCCAAGUGGUCGGCCAAGAUCAGCAUCACAGUGCUGUGUGCUCAGGGCCUUCAGGCCAAGGAUAAAACUGGCACGAGUGACCCUUAUGUCACGGUCCAGGUGGGCAAGACCAAGAAGAGGACCAAGACUAUCUACGGCAACCUCAACCCUGUCUGGGAGGAGAACUUCCACUUUGAGUGCCACAACUCCUCGGACCGGAUCAAGGUGCGGGUGUGGGACGAGGAUGAUGACAUCAAGUCUCGGGUGAAACAGAAGUUCAAGAGGGAGUCAGAUGACUUCCUGGGUCAGACCAUCAUUGAGGUCCGCACGCUGAGCGGAGAGAUGGACGUCUGGUACAACCUGGACAAGCGUACAGACAAGUCAGCUGUGUCUGGUGCCAUCAGGAUGCACAUCAAUGUAGAGAUCAAAGGAGAGGAAACAGUCGCUCCAUAUCAUGUCCAAUACACCUGUCUGCACGAGAACCUCUUCCACUUUGUCACAGAUGUGCAGAGCUCUGGCGUUGUGAAGAUUCCUGACGCUAAAGGGGAUGAUGCGUGGAAGGUGUACUUUGAUGAGACUCCUCAGGAGAUAGUGGAUGAGUUUGCCAUGCGCUACGGAGUGGAAUCCAUCUACCAGGCUAUGACUCACUUUGCCUGCCUGUCGUCUAAGUACAUGUGCCCGGGGGUUCCCGCGGUAAUGAGUACCCUGCUGGCCAACAUCAAUGCCUACUACGCCCACACCACCCAGGCCACCAACAACGUGUCGGCCUCCGACCGCUUCGCCGCAUCCAACUUCGGGAAAGAACGAUUUGUGAAGCUCCUGGACCAACUCCACAACUCUCUGAGGAUUGAUCUGUCCAUGUACCGGAAUAACUUCCCAGCCAGCAGUUCUGAGAGGCUGCAGGACCUCAAGUCUACUGUGGACCUGCUCACCAGCAUCACCUUCUUCAGGAUGAAGGUCCAGGAGCUACAGAGUCCCCCCAGAGCCAGUCAGGUGGUGAAGGACUGUGUCAAGGCCUGUCUCAACUCCACCUAUGAAUACAUCUUCAAUAACUGUCACGAGCUCUACAGCCGGGAGUACCAGACAGAUCCGGCCAAGCCAGGAGUGGAUCACCCAGAAGAGCAGGGUCCCAGCAUCAAGAACCUGGACUUCUGGUCCAAACUCAUCACCCUCAUCGUGUCCAUCAUAGAAGAGGACAAGAACUCCUACACACCCUGCCUCAACCAGUUUCCUCAGGAGCUCAACGUGGGUAAAAUCAGUGCCGAGGUGAUGUGGAACCUGUUUGCUCAGGAUAUGAAGUAUGCCAUGGAGGAGCAUGAAAAGAACCGGCUGUGUAAGAGUGCGGAUUACAUGAACCUGCAUUUUAAAGUCAAGUGGCUUUACAACGAGUACUGCAAAGACCUGCCCUUCUUCAAGAGUCGUGUGCCCGAGUACCCGGCGUGGUUUGAGCCGUUUGUCAUCCAGUGGUUGGACGAGAAUGAGGAAGUGUCUCGAGACUUCCUGCACGGUGCGCUGGAGAGGGACAAAAAAGACGGGUUCCAGGUAACGUCGGAACAUGCUCUGUUCUCCUGCUCUGUGGUGGACGUCUUCUCUCAGCUCAACCAGAGCUUCGAGAUCAUCCGCAAGCUGGAGUGUCCCGACCCCCAGAUCGUAGGCAACUAUAUGAAACGAUUUGCUAAGACCAUCGGUAACGUUCUCCUGUCCUACGCUGACAUCAUCUCCAAGUGCUUUGCUAACUACGUCAACAUGGAGAAAGUGCCAUGCAUCCUGAUCAACAACAUCCAGCAGCUCAGAGUUCAACUGGAGAGGAUGUUUGAGGCCAUGGGAGGAAAGGACCUGUGCAAAGAGGCCAGUGACUUCCUGAAAGACCUGCAGGUGAAGCUGAAUACUGUGAUGGAUGAUCUCAGCAGGAUCUUUUCUGUCAGUUUCCAGCCGCAGAUUGAGGACAACGUGAAACAGAUGGGAGACAUCCUUGGCCAGGUGAAGGGGACCAACGUGGGGGCUAACAACUGCAGUAGCGUGGCCCAGGACGCUGACAAUGUGCUGCAGCCCAUCAUGGACUUCCUGGACAGCAACCUGACGCUGUUUGCUAAGAUCUGUGAGAAGACGGUGCUGAAACGUGUUCUGAAGGAGCUGUGGAAACUGGUGAUGAACACCAUGGAGAAGACUAUCGUCCUACCCCCUCUCACCGACCAGACGAUGAUUGGGAGGGUGAAGCUUGCUUGUCACAGUGAUGGCACUCAGCUCAUCUCCAACGCUGCCAAACAGCUGGGACAGCUCUCCAAGAUAAAGGAGCACAUGGGUCGUGAGGAGGCCAAGGCACUGUCCCCUAAGCAGUGUGCUGUGAUAGAACUGGCUCUGGACACCAUCAAGCAAUACUUCCAUGCUGGAGGGGUGGGUCUGAAAAAGACCUUCCUGGAGAAGAGUCCUGACCUGUUGUCUCUACACUACGCCCUGUCCCUCUACACCCAGGCCACAGACAAACUCAUCAAGACCUUUGUUUCAUCUCAGAACGCACAAGUUUUCGGCGGGAAGGGGGUGAGGUUCACGGCUAGUGAGGAUGUGUACCCAGAGAAGGGCUCUGGAGUGGACGACGCCGUGGGAGAGGUGUCUAUCCACGUGGAGAUCUUCACCCACCCCAACACUGGAGAGCACAAGGUCACCGUUAAAGUGGUGGCAGCCAAUGACCUGAGGUGGCAGACCACGGGGGUGUUCCGUCCCUUCGUGGAGAUCUACAUCAUCGGUCCUCACCUGGCUGACAAGAAGAGGAAGUACGCCACCAAGUCCAAGAACAACAGCUACGCCCCCAAAUACAACGAAACGUUCACAUACACCCUCAGUAACGAGGUGGGCACAGAGUGUUACGAGCUGCAGGUGUGUGUGAAGGACUACUGCUUCGCCCGGGAGGACCGUACGGUGGGCAUGGCCGUGAUGCAGUUGAAGGACAUGUCCUCUAGGGGCAGCGUGGCGUGCUGGCUCCCCCUGGGGAAGAGGGUCCACAUGGACGAGACGGGCCUCACCGUCCUCCGCAUCCUGUCCCAGCGCAACAACGACGACGUGGCAAAGGAGUUCGUCAAGCUCAAGUCAGACCAGCGUUCUCCCGAGGAAGGCCGAGGCUGAGUGGGCAAAGUCUUUAUUCGAUCAGCACCACCUACAGGCUAGGAGGUCCUUCUGCAGACUGACUGCAAGCCAAACCACUGCCCUGAUGUUGUAGUGUUGGACAAGCACAGAGAAACAGUUAUUUACUACAAUACUGUACAUACAUCUCAUUGAAGAAGACGUGAUACCAUCUACAGGCAUAGCCCUGAUUGUCUUGAAAGCACCGAUGUCUUUAUUAUGAAUAUGAUUAAUUAUCUUGUAAAAAUGCAUAGAUAUAAUCGUAAACACAGCAAACCCCACAACACUGACCAACAUUCUACAACACAUCCACACACACACAGAGAGUUUAAGUCAUAGAGUAUAUAGAGUACCCUUGUUCUCUCCCUCUCUCUAUUUCCCAUAGCAUAGGCCAUGUCUUAGUGCUCUCCAAUCACACAUUUGAACUAGAAUCUGCCAAUCUCGACUAGUUUCAUGCAGCGGUAUCUAAAAGCUCCGGGAGAUGAAGUUCUUGUAGCCUUGAAAGUCUUGACGUAUCUUCUAUUACAUUAAAUCCACGAUCCCUUCCUUUGUCUAGACUAGACUAAUGCCAAUGGAUCAAUCCAUGAUGUUAUGCCAAGUCAAGCCCUAAGCACAAGUCAACAGGACCAACUGUGAACAGCAGACCAUCAGGCUUUUAGGCCUCACACAUUCCAAAGAGUCAGGUUUACACACACUGGUUUAUGAUACUAUUUCCAUGGGAUGUCCACCAUAGGCUGAAUUCUGGAUCUUCUCUCAUUCCGACAUGGAGUAUCUAUAGCAGAGCAGGCUGGACAAAUUAUAAAUGUAAAUGUUUCUAAGUAUUAAUUUGAGAUAUUAUCAGUGAAUUUAUGGUAUAUUUAAAGACUAUAUGAAGACGUUGCACUUGGAAGAGAGUCUCUGUCUGUCUGUCUGUCUGUCUGUCUGUCUGUCUGUCUGUCUGUCUGUCUGUCUGUCUGUCUGUCUGUCUGUCUGUCUGUCUGUCUGUCUGUCUGUCUGUCUGUCUGUCUGUCUGUCUG